AUGAACCGUUUUCCGAUCCGGCAAAUAUCCGAAGGUUUUCGAGAAAAAUCGCUGGAUCCGCGAUCGCUUGUGGAACAAACGUUAGCUGCGGUUGAUCGCCAAAAAUCUCUGAAUGCUUUCGUUCGAGUUGCGGCCACCAAGGCCCUGCAGCAGGCCGAGCAAUCCCGCGAACGAUGGAACCGAAAUGCGCCCCGAGAUGUGAACCUCGACGGAGUAACGAUCGCGGUAAAGGACAAUUUUUGUACCAAAGGACUACACACGACAUGUGCCUCGCGAAUGCUGGAGAACUUUGUUCCAACGUACAGUGCUACGGUCGUGGAACGGUUGGAGCAACGUGGGGCGAUUGUGCUCGGUAAAACCAACCUCGACCAGUUUGGUAUGGGGUCGGGUUGUGUGGAUUCCAUCUUCGGACCGACACGGAACAGUUGGAGCGAAAAUCUCGCAGAUGAUCAGUUCCGUAUAGCGGGCGGUAGCUCCGGAGGAUCGGCAGUUGCUGUGGCCGCUGGAUUGUGUUACGCCGCUCUUGGCUCGGAUACUGGAGGCUCAACGAGGAAUCCGGCUUCGUAUUGUGGGAUUGUCGGUCUGAAACCUACAUAUGGACUGCUCUCCAGGCAUGGGCUCAUUCCCCUGGUCAACUCAAUGGAUGUCCCCGGCAUUAUGACACGCACGAUAGAAGAUUGUGCGAUUGUUCUUAAUGCUAUCGCAGGUCCGGAUGACCGGGACUCCACCACCGUGAAAAGGCGUUUUCUUCCGAUCAAACUCGAGCCGGCCUGUGUGAAAGGAUUACGGGUGGGCAUCCCGAGAGAGUACCACUGUCAGGGUUUGGACAAGGAAGUGUUGGAUGUUUGGACACUGGUAGCUGAUUUGUUGGAGCAGGCCGGCGCAACGGUCAUAUCGGUGUCGAUGCCAUACACGGCCUCCUCGAUUUUCGUCUAUUCAAUCCUCAACCAAUGCGAAGUCAGUAGCAACAUGUCACGGUACGAUGGAAUCGAGUACGGGCAUCGGUCAAAGGAAGACGCAAGCACGGAGCAACUGUACGCCAAGACGAGGGCGGAAGGCUUCAACAGCGUGGUUAAAAACCGAAUUCUUUCCGGAAAUUAUUUUCUGCUACGUCGCAACUACGAUAAGUACUUCGAGAAAGCCCUUAAAGUGCGCCGAUUGAUUGCGAAUGAUUUUGUUCGAGCGUUUAAAGAUGUGGAUGUUCUACUGACGCCGACCACGCUAAGCGAUGCUCCGUUGUACAAGGACUUCAUUCGAUCCAACAAUCGUGAUCAAUGUGCGAUUCAGGACUUUUGCACCCAAUCAGCAAAUAUGGCAGGAAUUCCGGCACUGUCCUUGCCGGUAACCUUGUCCUCUCGACGGUUGCCACUUAGCUUGCAGUUGAUGGGUGACCACUUCUCCGAAGAGCUGCUUCUGAGGGUUGGCGCAUGGAUAGAGAAGGAAGUAGACUUCCUAGCAAACUACAGCAACAAGUCAUAA